AUGCUGUCGAUCCAGAAAGAGAUUGUUGAGAAGCGAAGAUCAAACGAUGAGACCGAGCACAAAAUGAAAGAAAACUUGAACAGGCAGGAGAUCCUGCUCAAAGGCCAACAGCAGAUCUAUGAGACGUUCCGCCAGACCCUGUUCAGCAGGCUCGUUGCUGCUUCCACGACUCUGCUGAGGAGAAACACGAUCGCAAAACCUUUCUGGCGACUUGCCGACUACUGUCAUAGCAAACGAUACACGAGAAGGUGUAUGAGCCGGAUGAUACAUCGCAGAGAUAGAGGGAGGUUGCGGCAAAGCUUCGAUGAAUGGGAACAACAGUGUCAAGCUCGGGGAAGUCUGCAGAGAACAAGCAGACCGUGGUUGAGCACUCACAAGAAGCAUGACAACACCAAGUCUGUUGAGAUCAAAGACUUUCAUGUCUCCCAUCCACUGGGAAGACUUGAGUCACAUCAACUAGCAGGACUUGAGAUCUCGAGCGUGCCCCUUGCAAGCCCCUUGAGUGAGCGGCAGGAGCUGAGCGUUUCUGAGAGUCCGAUGAGCGGGGGGAGGAGAAUCGGAAUCCUGAGAACAGGAGCAGAGAGUCUCACCAUGGCGCUGGAAGCGAGCAGACGACAACACGGACUCACUGACAACCUGCACGAACUGGAACCUUGUAGAGUGAUCACACCGAAAGCUCGAACGAAGUGGAUGUAUCCGCACGAGGCUUCUAGUGAGAUGGAAGUGAGAAGGAGCCUGACGUUGAUCAGCCCUGACCUCUUUCAAGAGGAUGAAGAUGCUCCCUCGACUGCUGGAGCUUCUCGUGAGGAGGGAGGAGGUGCUUCGCCGUCUUUGGGAGCGCAUGAGGGAGGGGCAGUCGGCGAGCAGGAGGGAGAAGCUGUGGAGCGGGGCGAUGGGUAUGUUGCAAAGGCUAAGCUGAAGUUGAAGGAGAAGAUUGACGCUAUGUCCUCGAUAGUAACUCGAGGAAGUGGCAGGGAAGGGAUGGUGAAGCAGGAGCAGGAGCAGACUCGGUGUGCAGGACAAGUUAUGGUGCUGGGUUCGGGCCCCACAGCUGAUGAAAGCGGAGAGCAGAAAAGGGGGGACGUAGUGAUGACCCUAGGAAGGACCGAAGGGGAGGAAGAAGCUGGAACAGCGGAGCGAGGGGAGCAUGGACGAGCGACGGACGUGAAGAGUCGUGGCGAGUCAGCUGUCAGGCGGCCAGAUGCUGCGGGAGGAGAGCAAGGGAGGAGGAGGUCUGGGCUUGUAACGGAUGCAACAGCAGGUGAAACGGACACGUCGACCAGAGUCGCUCGAGAGUCUCCUCCCACUACGACCCCGCGGGCCCCAGCAGCUCCGGCCAGUGAGGAUGCGACAGCAGCGGUCAAACCCAUGGCGUCAGCUACCUGUGCUCCUCCUGCUACUACUCCAGCUGCACCUUCACCUGCUCCUCCUGCUCCUACUCCAGCAGCUUCACCUGCUGCUGCUCCUACUCCAGCAGCAGCUCCACAUACUCCAGCAGCAGAUCCACAUACUCCAGCAGCAACACCAGCAGCAGCUUCAUCCGCCGCUACAGCCGCGGUAACGACGAGGCCUCAGCUCCCCCCAGCCCCGGCCGGCGGGGAGCCCAGCAAGGGAGGGACGAAAGUCAAGGGCUCUACACUUGCUGAAACUUGUCGUGCAGCAGCUUCAGCGUCUCUGCCUCCCCCGACGGUCAAGUCGACAGCAAGCCAGCCAACCCCGGCCCGAAACAAUGCCGUUCCAGCCGCCCAGGCACAGGGGAACACUGCUUCAGCUCCAGUUGCUGCUCCUGCUCCAGCUUCUGCUCCUGCUCCUGCUCCAGUUGCUGCUCCAGCUGCUGCUAAUCCAGCUUCUGCUCCAGCGGCUGCUCCUGCUCCAGCUGCUGCUUCUGCUCCAGCUCCAGCUGCUGCUGCUCCAGCUACUGCUGCUGCUGCUCAAGCUCCUGCUGCUGCUCCAGCUCCAGCUCCAGCUGCUGCUCCAGCUCCAGCUCCAGCUCCAGCGGCUGCUCCAGCUCCAGCUCCAGCUCCAGCUCCAGCUCCAGAUCCAGCUGCUUCCUCAGCUCUAGCGGCUGCUCCAGCUCCAGCCGCUGCCCCAGCUCUAGCGGCUGCUCCAGCUGCUGCUCCUGCUGCUGCUGCUGCUGCUCCAGCGGCCGCUUCAGCUGCUGCUGCUCCAGCUGCUGCUCCAGCGGCUGCUCCAGCUCCAGCUCCAGCUCCAGAUCCAGCUGCUUCCUCAGCUCUAGCGGCUGCUCCUGCUGCUGCUCCAGCUGCUGCUCCUGCUGCUGCUGCUGCUCCUGCUGCUGCUCCAGAUGCUGCUGCUGCGCCAGCGGCCGCUUCAGCUGCUGCUGCUCCAGCUGCUGCUGCACCAGCUUCUGCUCCAGCGGCUGCUCCAGCUGCUGCUGCACCAGCUUCUGCUCCAGCGGCUGCUCCAGCUGCUGCUGCUCCAGCUCCAGCUCCAGCUCCAGCUCCAGCUCCAGCUCCAGCUCCAGCGGCCGCUCCAGCGGCCGCUUCAGCUGCUGCUGCUCCAGCUGCUGCUCCAGCUCUAGCGGCUGCUCCAGCUCCAGUGGCCACUACAGCUGCUGCUCAAGCUCAAGCUCCAGCGGCCGCUCCAGCUCUUGCUGCUCAAGCUUCAGCUGCUGCUCCAGCUGCUGCUCCUGCUGUUCAAGCUGCUGCUCCAGCUCCUGCUUCAGCUGCUGCUCCAGCUCCUGCUUCAGCUGCAGCUCCUGCUUCAGCUCCAGCUCCUGCUCCAGCUCCAGCUCCUGCUCCAGCUCCAGCUGCUGCUUCAGCUCCUGCUCCUGCUCCAGCUCCUGCUACUGCUCCUGCUCUAGCGGCUGCUCCAGCUCCAGCUCCUGCUCCAGCUCCAGCUCCUGCUCCAGCUGCUGCUCCUGCUAUUCAAGCUCCAGCUCCUGCUGCUGCUCCUGCUGCUUCCUCAGCUCCAGCUGCUGCUCCUGCUAUUCAAGCUCAAGCUCCAGCGGCUGCUCCAGCAACUGCUGCUGCUCCUGCUGCAGCGGCUGCUCUUGCUGUUCAAGCUCAAGCUCCAGCUCCUGCUCCAGCUCCAGGUCCUGCUACUGCUCCUGCUCUAGCGGCUGCUCCAGCUCCAGCUCCAGCUGCCUCCCCAGCUCCAGCUGCUGCUCCUGCUGCUCAAGCUCAAGCUCCAGCUCCAGCGGCCGCUCCAGCUGCUGCUGCUCCAGCUGCUGCUCCAGGUCAAUCUGCUGCUCCUGCUCUAGCGGCUGCUCCAGCUCCAGUGGCUGCUCCAGCUGCUGCUCAAGCUCAAGCUUCAGCGGCCGCUCCAGCUCCAGCUCCAGCUCCAGCUCCAGCUCCAGCCGCUGCUCCAGCUCCAGCUCCAGCUCCAGCUCCAGCUGCUGCUCCAGGUCCUGCUGCUAUCGCUGUUCCUUCUCAGCCUGUGGUAGUUAAAUUGCAGCUCCCCGUUGCCCUCGCAAGCCAGCAGGUGACAGUUUCAGCCUCAUCGGUCGUUGCUGCUUCCAAGGUUAUGAGCCCGCAGCUUCCCGCAGCCCCGGCAGGCAAGCAGGCGGCAGCGCCCUUCAAGUCGCCAGCACCUGCUGAAGCAGCAGCAGCAGCUGGAGCUGGUGCACCACAAACUGCAGCAGGAGCGACAGCACCUUGUGCCAAGUCGGCAGUGAAACAGCAAAUCUCUCCAGCAGUGGCUGGCCAGGAGCCCAGCAAGGCUGCAGCAGCUGUCAUGUCGCCCCUAGCGCCUGCUGCUGCUGCUGCUUGUUCUACGGAUGCGCAAGAGAUGAUUAGACUCAGUUCCGGCCCAGCAGUUUCGACAGUCCAAGACGUGGCGACAGCCGUCAAGCCGAAAGGAUCUGCACCAGCAGCUUCAACGGCUGUAGCUGCAUCUUCAACGGCUGUAGCUGCACCUGCAGCUCCGACCAGCCAGCCCAGCAGCAGCUCGACGUCAGUCGCCAAACCGCCGCCAGCUGCCAUUCCAACCGCUGCAACGACAGCAAAGGCAAAGGAGAUCGCAAGUGCAGGAGCUCCGACGACAUCUGAGCUCUCAGCUGCUGCUGCUCCCGCUGCUGCUUCUUCGGGGGCGAAGAAGUCGCAAGUCUCCACAGGUCCAGCCGGCCAGCAGCUCAGGAAGGAUGCGACUGCAGCCGUCAAGCCUCCAGCACGUGAUGCUGCUACUAUGACAGCUGAAGCCCCACCUGUUGCCACUGCUGACGCAUCGGCUGCUACCACUGCUGACAUCGGCAGAGCUCCCGUCAAGUCGCCAGCAGCUGCUGAAGCAGCAGCAGCUGGAACUGCUGCUGGAGCUGCUGCUGGAGGUGCUGGUGCUGGUGCUGGUGCUGGUGCUGCAAGAGCUGCUGGUGCUGGUGCUGGUGCAUCAGGGACUGCAGCAUUUGUGGGGUCCACAUCAAGGCAGCAAAUCUCUCAAGCAACAGCCAGCCAGGAGCCCAGCAAGGAAGCGACUGCACCUCUCGCUCCAGCACCUUCUCCACCUUCUGCUGCUUCAGGCCCGCAGCCUCCCGCAGCUCCGAUCAUCAAGCAAGAGGCUCCAGACGUCAGGCCGCCAGUCUCAGCUUGCUUGACCGCUGCUGCUACGGGUAGCAAAGCUUCUACUGCCUCUCCUGCUCCAGCUCCAGCUCCUGCUCCAGCUCCACAAGCUGCUGCUCCAGCUCCAGCUACUGCUCCAGCUCCACAAGCUCCAGCUCCAGCAGCAGCAGCUACUGCUCCUUGUGCUCUAGCCUCGGCCUCUGCUGCCCCUGCCCAUCCUCCAUCUGCCCACUCUCAGCUCCCAUCGGCCCCGGUCAGCCAGCUGCCCAGCAAGGACGCGAUCGCACCCGACCAGUCAACGUCUGCUGCUGCUGCUACAGCAGCAGCUGCUGGAGCUUGUGAGAGGACGACGAGAGGCCCGUCGGAUCCAGGAGGAGGAGGCAGCAAGGAGGAGGGAGCAGCGGUGGAGUCGCCGGAAGCUGUUGAAGCUGUGGGUGAAGGAGGAGGAGGAGGUGAAGUUGGUGACGCUGCUGCUACUUCUUCCAAGGUUAUGAGCCCGCAGCUACCCGCAGCCCCGGCAAGCAGGCAGGAGGCAACGGCCGACAGGUCACCAGCACCUGCUGCUGGGGCUGGGGCUGGGGCUGGUGGUGCAUCCGGGACUGCAGCAGGAGGGUCUGAACCUUGUGCGGAUACGACAAGGGUGCCGGGCCCAGCAGCAGCAGCCGGCCAGGAGCCCAGCAAGGAAGCGACUACAGUGAAGGCGCCAGCGCCUGCUGCUGCUUCAGGUCCAUCCACCACGACAGCUGUGGCAUCUGCUGCUACCUCGGCAGCGUCGGCAUCUCUUCUUCAUCCCACUGCUGCUCCUGCUCUCAAGUCAUCGAACGAGACGACGACAGGACCGCAGCCUCCCGCAGCUCCGAUCAUCAAGCAAGAGGCUCCAGACGUCAGGCCGCCAGUCUCAGCUUGUUUCCCCGCUGCUGCUACGGGUAGCAAAGCUUCUACUGCCUCUCCUGCUCCAGCUGCAGCUCCACAAGCUGCUGCUCCUGCUCCAGCUGCUGCUGCUGCUGCUGCUUGUGCUCUAGCCUCUGCCUCUGCUGCCCCUGCCCAUCCUCCAUCUGCCCACUCUCAGCUCCCAUCGGCCCCGGUCAGCCAGCUGCCCAGCAAGGACGCGAUCGCACCCGACCAGUCAACGUCUGCUGCUGCUGCUACAGCAGCUGCUGCUGCAUCCGCUACAGCUGGAGCUUGUGAGAGGACGACGAGAGGCCCGUCGGAUCCAGGAGGAGGAGGCAGCAAGGAGGAGGGAGCAGCGGUGGAGUCGCCGGAAGCUGCUGAAGCUGUGUGUGAAGGUGGAGGAGGAGGUGCUGCUGUUGGUACAGCAGGGGAGCUGGUAUCGAAGGAGACAAGGGCGUGGGGUUCAGCAGCAGCGGCUGGUCAGGAGCCCAGCAAGUGUGAUACAACUCAGGAACGCGCAAGCUCGGAGGCAGGGGAAUCGGAGGCAGGCGAGCUGGAGGGCGCAGGAGCAGCGCGGAAGGGCGCGAAAGCAGCGAGGGGGGAUGGGCUCAGCUCUCAGAGGUCGUGGAAGAGCAAGGUAGGGAUAGGAGCUUACUUUGAGCGAGUCGACAGCAAGGAGCUCCUUCGGGUCAAGUCAGUCGUCGACAAGAGCCCAGCUGCCGCAUGCCGCAAAGUUGCAGUGGGGGACUACAUCGUGGCAGUUGACGGCUCCUCGGUCGCCGGGUUUCGCCUCGCUCAGCUUGCUGAGCUGCUGCUGGGACAUGUGGGAUCGAGUGUAGAGUGCACCUUCAUGAGGGAGGAGACGGAGGACUUGUACAGCGUUACUUUCAUGAGAGGGCUGUCGGCGUGA